AUGUCGCGCGAUCUAUACGGCGUAUAUAGAAAUCUGGCGAUUUUCUGUCUUUGUGCUUUGGUGAGUGGAAAGGCCGACUUCACAAACAUAAAAUGCGAAGCCGUGGACAAGGCAUACAACUCAAUUAAAUACUGUUUUAUACGCUCAGUGAAUCGCACUUUCAAAUAUAUAUCGGCGGCUAAUCAUUUCCAUGUGAAGGAGCCAAAGAAUAAUAUAUCAGUUGGUGUUGCCACGCUGAAACGCGCCAAUGGCUAUAAACCCUUUCUCUACAACGUCACAGUGGAUGGCUGCAAAUUUUUGCGCACCGGCGGUAAUGCCUUGCUGCGUUUCUUACAUAGUUUCUUCCAUAAGUAUUCUAACGUCAAUCACACUUGUCCUUAUAACCAUGACAUUGAGGUAAACGUACUGCCGGUUAGUCACAUUGAUAAUUUAUUUACAAAAGUACUACCAUUUCCAAAGGGCGAUUACCAAUUCGUAACAUCAUGGUAUACCUAUAAUAUUUUGCGCGCUGUUGUGAGAAUAUAUUUCACACUAUCUUAAGUGUCAAAUAUAACAGGCCAGUAGCAUCUGUAGGAGGAAAGAGAGGAAUUUUUUUGUAUUUUAAAUGAAGGUACAAAAAAAUAUGUAAUGAAUGAAAAAUAAAGUUCGUUGAAAGGUUUUGAUUUCUGGUGAAAUGGUACCGUGAAUUGGGUUCUAUAUGGGUUCGGACAAAUUUAAGUACUUCAACCAAAGUGAGGAAGAACACGCUAAAUAGAUAAUUGAAAGUUUGAAUAUAAUUGGAGCGGUGCUGAGAGUAGAUACGUAUGCUUUAUGUUUCCAUAGGUUCUAAGAAUGUUUCAGAUUUUACAUAGAAUCGCCGAGCAAAAAUUAUAUUACGGUUUUAUUGAAGAACAAGCUGUACAUAACAAGUACGGGAGUUCGGAUACAACCCAUACUCUCACUAUUAUUUUACUUCUUCUUUUUCCUGACUGGCGUAGACAACGCUUACGCGGUUAUAGCCGAGUCCACAACUGUGCGUCAUGCAACUAUCAUUUUGACAGUUUGGCACCAAUUGGGAGUACCAAGUGAAGACAGGACCUUCUCCACCUCGUGCUUCCAUCGGAGUGGGGAUAUCCCUCUUCCUCGGCUUUCACUAGCGGGUACUGCAUCGAAUACUUUCAGAGCUGGAGCACUUUCCUCCAUUCGAACAACAUGACCUAACCAGCGUAGCCGCUGUUUUUUAUUCGCUGGAUCGUCUAUGUCGUCGAAUAACACAUACAGCUCAUCGUCCCAUCGUCUGCGAUAUUCGCCGUUGCCAAUGUUGUUUAUCUUCCGCAAAACCUUUCUCUAUAAAACUCCUAGUGCUGUCUCAUCGGAUGUUGACAUCGUUCACGCUUCUACACCAUAAAGUACGACGGGAAUGAUGAGGGAUUUGUGGAGUUUGGUUUUUGUUCGUCGAGAGAGGAUUUUACUUUUCAAUUGCCUACUCAGUUCAUAGUAGCACCUGUUGGCAAGAGUUAUUCUACGUUGGAUUUCAAGGCUGACAUUAUUAUUGGUGUUGAUGCUGGUGCCUAGGUAUACGAAAUUAUCUACAUCGUCAAAUUUAUGACUGUCAACAGUGACGUGGGAGCCAAUAUUAGGUUAUGUGAAUUGAGAAUGGAAGAUAAAGAAUCA